AUGACUUCAGCGCGUGUCAAGGAAGGAUAUGUGCGCCUUAAUCUCGACGAAAAUGAUGAUCCUGAGCCGUCUCCAUCAGCCAAUCCAUACCUACAACAACAACAGGCAAUCAUAGAUAAACAAGACCAAAGCUUGGAGAGGAUUGGCGAUUCAUUGCGCACAUUAAAAAAUAUGAGUCAUCAAAUUGGUGAUGAAUUAGAGGAUCAAUCCGAGAUGUUAGACGAAUUGGGCCAUUCAAUGUCAGGUGUAGAAUCGAGAAUGGAUGAAGUAAUGAAAAAACUGUCAAAAUUGACGAGGCUAGAAAAUGAGUCAAAUCAAUGGACGACGAUUUUUAUUUUGAUUGGGUUAAUUGUUGUUCUAUUAGUGAUUCUUGUAUUGCUUUAA